UUGCAGUUUUUUCACAGAAUAAGUCCCAUCAUUGUUGUGCGGUUUUUGAUAAAUUUCAUCGAAAUUUUACAAGUAUUCGGCACAAUUUCUUGUGCACCUGAUUUAGGAAAGCGAUAAACUCUAGAAAUCCGAGUAGAGCUUAAAAUCCAUAUAGGCCAACUCGGAAUAGGAUACGAAACUCUUAAGAAUUCCAUAUAUAUAAAAAAGAGUCCUUUUUUAUAUUUAUACGUAAACGCUACGCUCUACGCCUAGUAGUCAAGGAAAAGAAUACAGCAAAAAUGGGGAAUGCUUUUGCAAAUUUAUUUAAAGGUCUCUUUGGCAAAAAGGAAAUGAGAAUAUUGAUGGUCGGUUUAGAUGCUGCUGGUAAAACCACAAUUUUGUACAAACUUAAAUUAGGCGAAAUUGUAACAACGAUACCUACCAUUGGUUUCAACGUCGAGACUGUAGAAUACAAGAAUAUUAGCUUUACUGUAUGGGAUGUGGGCGGUCAAGAUAAAAUUCGUCCAUUGUGGAGGCAUUACUUCCAAAAUACACAAGGUCUCAUAUUCGUCGUUGACAGCAAUGACAGAGAGCGUAUCGGUGAAGCGAGAGAAGAAUUGAUGCGUAUGUUGGCUGAAGAUGAACUCAGAGAUGCAGUUUUACUUAUAUUUGCUAACAAACAGGAUUUGCCAAACGCAAUGAAUGCAGCAGAAAUAACCGAUAAACUCGGCCUACACUCACUACGAAAUCGCAAUUGGUAUAUUCAGGCGACGUGUGCAACCAGCGGCGACGGUCUAUACGAGGGUCUUGACUGGUUGUCCAAUCAACUUAAGAACGCUAAUCGCUAAAUGGAAUUCUUAUUUUUCUUUAAAUUAGCAUCCGCAGCAGCAAAAAAGAAACAACCACAAAAUCAACAACAACAAAUAACAUACAGAUUAAUUAAUUUUGAUUUAAAAAUAAUAUUAAACCCGAAAAUAAAGUUAUUAAAAACAAAAAACCAACCAACAAAAAACAUCAACAAACAAAAUGAAAAUUUCAGUAUGUACCAUCCACCACCACAACCAAUACAUAACUCCCUCUCAGAGAGGAAAUAAGAGAGACUCCAACCAACAAUUUCUUUUCUCUUAAGCGCAUCAUCAGCAAUUCAAAGGAAAAAGUCCAAACUUUUUUCAUUUAGGCUAAACAAGAACAAAAUAAGACAGAAAAACCUACCAACCAAUAAUGAAAAGAAACAACGCUUUUAGUAGCGUCUGUUUUUGCGAUCACUAAAGAAAAGAAAUUUUAAAAAGUAAAAGUAAUAAAACCCAGAAAAAUUAAAUGCAAAACUUUUUGAAAAAAAUGUAUGUUAAAACAUAAAAAUCCAUUAAUGAUAAAGAAUUACGGAACUAUAUAAAAAACACACUUUUCUAAGUAUAAUUUUAUCUCUACAUAUAUAUUUUUAAUUUUUUAAUGAUUGUGUAUUUUUUAUUAUUUUUGAAAUUCUCUUGUGUCCCACCAGAGAGAAUAUCCGCUUGUGUUGUUCGUUUCUCAUUGCUUCAAUAUGAUUAGAAUCCUUUUUGUCAAAUAUUGUUUGUCCGUGUCUAUAAGCGAUUGAAUAUUUUUUCUAAAAAAAUGUAUCAAACAAAACUGAAUAUUUUCAUUCGCUACAAAUAACAUCAACUACAUUCUACAACCAACAAACACAAACAACAACCAACUACUACAACACAUACUUUAUAUUUAAAUAUAAUUAAAAAAAUAAACAUAAAAUUUAAAUAAAAAACUGUGUAAUAAUAAAACAACAUUUGCACCGUU